AGGUUCUGGCUCGUUUCGUCACUUCCCGUCGUCGGUCUUGGCCGGAAAUAAGCAGCGGAGGACAACGCAGCGACAGAAGCAUGGCAGAUACCGGGGUUUUAGAAUCGCUUCUCCGCCGGGUGGAAAAAGUGGACGGAGGUGUUGACAGCCAGGAUGUUGCCGUUAUACUCAACGUGGACCACCAAGUCAUUGUCGGGGCGGUGAAGAGUCUGCAGGCUCUGGGCGAUGUGAUCUCGGCGGAGCAGCGCUCCUCGAAGCGCUGGGAGUUGACGGCGGAGGGGGCCGAGAUCGCCGACAAGGGCAGUCAUGAGGCGCAGGUCUUCAACGCCAUCCCGGAGGACGGGCUGCCGCAGAACCAGCUGAUGAAGCUCCCCAGUGGAAAGGUGGGCUUCAGCAAGGCUAUGUCCAACAAGUGGAUCCGGGUGGACAAGGCUCACGAGGGGGGGCCCCGAGUCUUCAGGAUGGUGGAGAGCGUAGAGGACUCCGUGCGGGGGAGGUUGCUGCAGGUGAAAGGGGGCGGGGCCUCCCAGCUGGCGGAGAAGGAGAGGAACGAGCUGAAGAAACGGAAGCUGCUGACUGAAGUGACGGUGAAGUCUUAUUGGAUCACCAAGGGCGAUUCGUUCAGCACCACCAUCACCAAGCAGGAGACAGAGCUCACGCCCGAGAUGAUCGCCAGUGGGAGCUGGAAGAGUAAGGGCUUCAAGCCGUAUAACUUUGAGGCCAUGGGCGUGGCUCUGGACUGCGGCCACCUGCACCCUCUGCUGAAGGUGCGAACGCAGUUCCGACAGAUCUUCCUGGAGAUGGGGUUCACAGAGAUGCCCACUAAUAACUACAUUGAGAGCUCCUUCUGGAACUUUGACUCCCUGUUCCAACCUCAGCAGCAUCCUGCCAGGGACCAGCACGACACCUUCUUCAUUUCCGACCCCGCGCUGGCUCACGACUUCCCCCAGGACUACCUGGAGCGGGUCAAACGGGUGCACACCGAGGGGGGCUUCGGAUCGCAGGGGUACAAAUACGACUGGAAGAUCGAGGAGGCUCAAAAAAACAUCCUCCGCACACACACCACUGCCGUCAGCGCCCGUAUGCUGUACCGCCUUGCACAGCAGGAGAAGUUCACGCCGGUGAAGUACUUCUCCAUCGACCGAGUGUUCCGGAACGAGACCCUGGACGCCACACACCUGGCGGAGUUCCACCAGAUCGAGGGCGUGGUGGCCGACUACGGCCUCACCCUGGGUGACCUGAUGGGCGUUCUGCACCAGUUCUUCACCAAACUGGGAAUCACCAAACUGCGCUUCAAACCGGCAUUCAACCCCUACACUGAGCCCAGCAUGGAGGUGUUCAGCUACCAUGAAGGGCUGAAGAAGUGGGUGGAAGUGGGGAAUUCUGGGAUAUUCAGGCCUGAGAUGCUGCUGCCCAUGGGACUCCCCGAGGGAGUGUCUGUCAUCGCCUGGGGACUGUCCCUGGAGAGGCCCACCAUGAUCAAGUACGGCAUCAACAACAUCCGCGAGCUGGUGGGGCACAAAGUCAACCUGCAGAUGGUGUACGACAGCCCCGUGUGUCGCCUGGACUCCUAAAUCCCUUCAGGCAGCUCGGCGGACAGCCCUCCCCGUGCCCCCGGGGUCCUCUGUCGCUUCAGGACCCCUGUGCUUCCGUUCGCUUAUUUAUUGCCCACUCCAGGUUGUGCCACCAUUUUCAGAGCUUCUCUGUCUUUGGCAGAGAAGAGGGACUGUCGGCACGGGUGGGCAAAAUGGCCGCCCACAACAGAAGCAGAAAUUCCCUCCUUCACUGAUACACUUCAUGAUUAUGGUUAAAAAAUGUCAGCUGGUCUUUCUUUCGCUCUCUCACGGUUUAAUAGCUUGAUCCAUUUGUCUAGCAGAAGGGUUGCAGUUAAAGUCCGAGCAUAUAACAUGGUCAUUAAGUGCAAAUAUUGUACUGGAUGUGUUAUACAUGCUGUAACUGCGGAUGGAGCAUCAGUCGGUCAAACUGCAUUUUUACAUUUUUAUUUACUCUUGUCAGAGGUCACAGAUUGAAUUCCCUGUCCCCCCUGUAACCGGUAAUGCUUGUACAGUAAAGGUUAUUAUUCAGAA